AUGGCGCGAGUGACAGAGGUGCGAUUACAAAGCCGUAAGACACAAGAGAAUUACAAGUCUGUGAUAGGCAAGAAAUCUACGAAAAAAAACAAACGUCGACGGGUGGCAAAGGGCGGCUGUGCAAUACUAGACAAUGAACGAGAUGAAGAGGACGACGAUUCAUGUGCUGCUAUGUAUGCAGCUGCACAAGAUCAGAUGAAGCAGGAAAUGAUUGCAGCUGGAUUGGAAGGGAGUUUGCCAAUGGGUUUUGGUGCUAGAUCGAUGAUUCCAACGUCGAGGACAAAGUAUAAAAGGUCACAAGAGGAAGCUACACAAGAUAUUGUCAUUGAUGAGAAGAAGGCUGAUACAACUGAAAGUAAACAGCAAGAGAAUGAUGUUGGAGAUAGCAAAAAAGAAGUGAAAAAUGGAGACGGAUUGGAAGCUAUUGCUACUGAUGAGUGUGAGCAAAUUCACAGUGAAGAGAGCUUGAUGCUGGAGACGACAACUGUCAACAAGGUACGCGUGGUUUAUGAUUCAGAUGGUGAAGUAGCAGCGCAAGUUAUUGAACAAAUUGAGAUGAGACCAGCGGUGAAGUUGGAGGAGCAAAACGCUGAAACCACAUGCAAGAAAUCAAGGACUCGCAAGAAAAAAAAACGAUAUCCUGUUCCACAAGAUGUUGUCAAGUUUUACUUGCAGAGGCAUAUCCUUUUUGACAAGUUCGAGGACGGUAUUCAGCUUGAUCACGAAAGUUGGUAUUCGGUCACUCCUCAAGCGGUCGCUGAGCAUAUUGCAAUGCGUCUUUGCUGUGAUGUAGUUGUUGACCCAUUUGCUGGCUGCGGUGGAAACGUGAUUCAGCUAGCGAUGACUUGCAAGCAUGUGAUUGCAAUUGAUAUUGACCCAGUCAAGAUUCGCAUGGCAAAGCACAAUGCUGCUAUCUAUGGCGUGGCAGAUAAGAUUGAGUGGGUGGUGGGGAAUUCGAUUGACAUUUUGCAAAGGCUCAAGGCUGAUGCCGUGUUUUUGUCCCCUCCGUGGGGUGGAGUAAUGUACAACCGUAAGCAAUUUCAACUAAAAGACAUGCUUGUGAAAGGUGUGUCUGGGUUGGAUCUGUUUGCCAGGGCGCGUAAAGUAUCGAAGAACAUCGCGUACUAUCUUCCGAGAAGUACAUGUACCAGUGACCUCGAGGCGCUAACACCUCGCGAGCCCGUUGAGUGCGAGAGAAUUUUCUUGAACAAGCAGCUAAAAGUAUUGACAGCUUACUACGGCGACUUGGCAGCACCGAAAUCACAAGUGGAAAAGAACUUGGUAUCAAUUGAGGAUCCAAUUACACCUGAAAAGAGCAUAUAA